GGAAAAGUGCUAAGGAACCCAUCUUUGCACAAGAUGAGGCGUAGUAACAGGAGGAAGGGUAAGAGUGUGAUGCAUGAGGGAGAAUCCUCCAACCCACCAGAAUUGACUCCCCCUACCCUUGAUGAGAUGAGGAUUCGAGCUAUUGUACAACAGGUUUUAGCGGAGAGUCAAGGGAGAGUAGUUCAGGAGAGAACCGAGACUCCCAAUAGAGUACCGCCUCCAAGACAAGAGCGAGAAGGGCCGGUACCUCAGCUAGUACAGACUCGGGGUGAUCCGAUUCAGGGGCUUGUAAAUCAGCACCAGCCGCCAGCAUUUAAGGGUACAAGGGACCCGCUAGAGGCAGAGGAGUGGUUUAAAUCCGUAGAGCGGAUGGCGGCAUUGUUUCCCCUGAAUGAUAGAGAGAGGAUCAGAUAUGCUAGUUUCUUGUUUAAGGGAGAUGCCCGGAUAUGGUGGGAAUUAAUGGAGGAGACCCAUGACAUAGCCUCGAUGACUUGGGAGGAAUUCAGAAGGUUGUUUGAGGCUGAGUACCGAACAGAAGAUCGAGUACAUGAGAAAGUCCAAGAGUUUAUUCACUUGAAGCAGGGGACUAGUACGGUGAAGGAAUAUUCCGUAAGAUUCAACUCCCUUGCUCGUUUUGCACCCGGAAUAGUGUCUACACCGGAGUUAAGGAGAGACAAGUUUGUGCAAGGGUUGAGAUCAGAUAUUGCUCGAGAUGUAAUGACAGGAGUCGAGCCCCCUCAUACCUACAGUGAAGCUUUAGCACGGGCUUUGAGGGCAGAGAUCUAUGUGAACAAGUAUAUUGCAGAAGGGUUGGCUUUGACAGUACCUAGUGAGCCAUCCACCAUAUUACAGAGAGAGAGGGUAGAUGUCACAAAGAACAGAGAAGUACGGGCCAAGAAGAAGUUUCAACCGAGGAAGAAUAGGAGAGAUCGGCAGUACAAGCGGCCUAGGACAAAAGGGUUUCCCCCUUGUGCUAAGUGUGGGAGGAACCAUCCUGGGGAGUGUUUGAGGGAUCAGAAUGUGUGUUACAAGUGCCGACAGCCAGGGCAUAUGUGGAGAGAUACGGGGCUAGCAUGA